UUGGUACAGUGCCCCCUGCUUGCUUACUCGUUAAUUCGGUCACUUCCGCAGUUUUGUAUGGUUUCGAUUUAAACCCAUUUAGUAAGCUUUCUUAUCAGUGUUUGCUACUGUUGAAGUUGAACUGGACCGAGAGAACCGCGAUUCAAAUAUAUGUUAAUAGAUUAUCUCCCGCUCAGCCGAAUCGAUUAAGGCAGAGCCAUGUUGGCUCUAAGAGGUUUCAGAAUUUUGCUAAAGGUUGCUUCUCUGAUUUUGUUGCUGGCUGGAACUACAGGUCUGGGUGGUUCAUUCUUUCUGCAUAAAUACAGAGUUUACGGUGUGUUUUUUAGCAGCCUUUAUAUAAUUCUCCCUGCAAUUCUGGCUGUUGCUGGAGGAGUCAUUCUCUUAAUCAGUGGAUGCACUGGCUGUUCAGUGUCUAACAAAAAACCUUCAUGUGGACACGGAUUAUUUGUGUAUUUUCUCAUUAUUGUGUGGUGCAUUGUGGGUACUACUGCUGUAUUGGCAUAUACUCAUAAAGGGAAGCUUGAUGCAGACUUGGCUCCCCUUAAAGAUGUGUUUCAGAACUACAGUGGUAACAGCCAAGAUCCUGAUACCAAAGCAGUGAAUGCCCUUCAGUGUGAGUUGCGGUGUUGUGGGGUUAAGAACUACACAGACUGGUUGGAAACACCCUGGUUUAAUCAUAGUGGGAAAUACGAAGUUCCUCUGAGCUGCUGCAACAAAAACUUUCACUCCUGCAAUGGAACUUUAGACUCACCCCAGCUGCUAUAUAAUGAGGGUUGUCAAGUUAAACUUGAGAAGAAAUUGCUACUUUCACUGCACGUCAUAAUUAUAACAUCUUUAGUGGUUCUCUUUUUACUGGUAAUGUCUUGGAUUAUAGUGGCACAGCUAAUGAGGCAUCAACCCCCACAAGAGUAUCGAAUCCUUGACCAAGAAUAAAAAGGCACUUAUGGAAUUGAAUUCUUGUGACUUUUCUUCUGAAUGAUUGCACUUAAAAA